AUGCUACUGCAAUCGGUCCUCUCAGCUCUGUGCCUUUGUCUCGGCAUCGCAUUGGCCAAGUCCCACCCAACGGUCUACAUGAUUCGACACGGUGAGAAGCCUCAGGAUCCAAACGACUAUGGUUUGACUCCUGACGGGGUCAAGCGGGCACAGUGCCUGAGACAUGUUUUCGGUCAAGGCUCGGAGUACAACAUCGGGCAUAUCAUGGCACCUCGUGUGAAAAAGGAUGGCAAGCAUGGCCGUGCGUUUGAAACCGUUCUACCGCUUGCCAAAGAUUUCGGUCUCACAGUUGACACUCACUGCAAGCGGAACCAAGUGAAAUGCGUGGCUAAGGCGAUCAGGUCGUAUGAUGGACCGGGCAACAUUUUGAUUGCAUGGCGGCACUCGAAAAUGGGUGGGAUUGAGGAGGAGCUUGGUGCUUUGGAGCCUAUUGAAUAUCCGGAUGAGCGAUUCGACCUUAUUUGGACAGACCCUUGGCCGUAUGGGAAUGUCACAAGUAUCAAAAGCGAGGAAUGCCCUGGACUAGAUGUUAGGACUGGUCUCGUGGAUCAGGUCUGA